CCGCCAUUUUAAAAGUGAAUGUUACAUUCUAUGUACUGGAUACAAAUGUCACGUUUUUUAAAAAUCUAUUAACCCCAAGAAACUUGUUACGCUUGCUAAAUACAAGCAAAAUGUACUUGACAUAGCAAUUAAUCACACAAAUGAAUCUCUCUGAUUCAUUUGUAAACGUUGCUUUAUUUCAUAUUUCUGUCUGUCCUGGAACAUGACAAAGACCAUGCUCUUCCAAUUUUUUUUUUUUUGAUAUCACAUCCACGCUGUUUUGUUCCGCGAGGUCCUUAGGCCUUAGUUGGUCUCACGUUGAUGUACUCAUCCCAGAUAUUAAUCACCAUGAGAUGUUUUUAGUCAUAAAUCGAUUAUUGUCGGUAGACUAAAGUCUUGCGGAUUCAACAGAACAUGGAAGACCUUAGCUGCAAUUUUAAGUGGCUAUUUGAUGAGGAGAAGUUGAGAAAUACUCCUAGUGUGGUGGAGAAUGGCAUCACCACAGAGCAAGAGUUGACAUUCCGACAGAAACAAGCAAUGCUAAUACAAACAAUUGGAUUAAAGUCAGGAUUGACCCAGCUUGCUGUGAACACUAGUGUAAUCUUCAUGCACAGAUUUUACAUGUUUCGCUCCGUCAAAUCAUUUCCCAGAGUGCAUCUGGCCUUGGGGCUUGCUUUUGCUGGUGGUAAAGUGGAAGAAAGUGCUCGUAAGUUGGAACAUCUCAUCAGAACAGCUGUGGACAUCAUCAGGACGAACAAGAACAGGGAGUUUUUGGAUAAAACAGAUCCUUUUACUUAUGAAAUGGACUCUCAGUACAGAGUAAAAAUGGAUGUUUUGUGUCAGAAUAACUGCAACAUUGAGUCACCUGCUUACCAGGAAAUGAGGAAGCUUGUCCUCGAGUGUGAAACAGAGAUCUAUGCUGUCAUUGGUUUCCAGCUUCAGAUUGUACAUCCACAUAAUUAUGUAAUUCGAAUGUGUGCUCUUUUGGGUGAUGGGUAUCUUUCCAUUUCAGCUGAGAAUAUCAAGGAUAUAUCUCAAUAUGCAUAUAAUCUUGCUACUGCUAGUUCACAACUUACAAUGUUAUGCUUGAAGUAUACACCUGAGACAAUAGCCACCAUGUGUCUAAACAUUGCAUCUAAAGCCCAUUCAGUCAAGUUUGUAUCCAUGAAAGACCCAAAUGUCAAGUGGUAUCAAGUUUUGCAUUCCCAGACCGAUAUAGCAGAAAUUGAAGCUGUGUCAGAAGAGUUUCUCCAGUGUAUCAAAGGUUGCCCACUCCUGCCAUCCUGGAUGACAAAUCUUGGAAGGAUGUCAAGAGUAGCAAAUAAUAGAGCUAUGCCUGGACCAGCUCGAGGACCUGGUGUAGCAUCUGCAUCAACUUCACAAGGAGCUCGUCCAUCACAUGCUCAACCUAUCACAUCCUCUGCUGCUACUGCCAGUAUACCACAGCCUCCUGUGGCAACAGCAUUACCCCCAUCCAACCACUCAGUCAAACAAGUUGUUGAGAGUCAGCAGCUAGCAAACAGUGCACCUGCUCAGGAUGUUGUCAACAGCCCUAAUGGGAAACCACCAAUCACAGACUUUACAAAUGGGGCUGCCCCAGCAGACAAUCAUUCUAAAGAUCCAUUACAUAUAUCCCAUUCCAGAACCGCAGCACCUUCCAGUAGUGUACCAAUGCGACCACCUCAAACUGCUGCGUCCUCAAAUGCCCACAAUCAGCAGCAGCAGCAUAAUCGUCCACACCAACCUGGCAGUGCACGAACCAACAACACAACACCAGGGAGCAAUAAACCCCAGUCAAGACACCCACUGCUACCUGGCACCACCACCCACCCACCUGCAGGGGGCAGACCACAUUCUGGCUCAGCUAGUCAUGUACCCUCAUCACGCCCUGGCCAUGACUCAAGGCAUUCUGUUGACUUGAAUAGAUCUCAUGAUCCAAACCGUCUCAGCCAUGACCCAUCUCGCCCACGAGACCCAUCACGGCCUCAUGAUCAGGCUCGACCCGUGGAUCCAACUCGACAUUCUCAGCCUCGUUCAGAUCGUAGAUCAGACAUGGACCAAAAGAGGUCUAAAGCUCAACCCACAAGAGAAGAAGCUAUGGCUUACAGGCAGCAAGUAUUAAGAAACGCAGCUGAGUAUACGCCAGCUGUUGAUCUGAAUGAAUCAUCAGCACACACCCCUCCUCCCCAAACCCCCAGCCCCCCAGUGAAACCCCCAAGCCCACUUGAUCCCCCUGACCUAGCAGUCUCAGGUGACCCUGUCAGCUAUCCCGUCAGUGUGGCUUCUCCUGAGAGUGUUAAGGUGGUGGAUGAAACACCAUCUAUUCCACAUGUAGGUUCAAAGUUGUCUUUAUCCAUGUACAGAGAAAGGGCCAGAUCUCGAGCUCCAGUUGAAGAUGGAAUCACAGACUCUGUUCUGUCUGAAAAUAGUGUGUUUGAUCCCCAUACAGAUUCUGCCACCAACUCCCCAGCUGACAAAAGUUUUAAAACCAGCACGUCACAUUCAGACUUUACACACCCACAGACAGACAGUCCCAACACACCACGCUUAAAGAUUAAAGUCAAGCUGGACCCCUCUGGUGACAGGCAUUAUGUGAAAAAACCUGAGGCUGGUCUGAAACUGAAGAUCAAACCUAUUAAAUCUGACUCAGCUUUAGACGAUGUAGGACCUAGUGGUUCAAAGUCAUCUAGAUCCAGUACUCCUUUUGAGGAGGGGGAAAUAGUUGAUGAUGCCUCACCAGCUCCUUCUAUUGGCUCAGAGCGCAAAUCAGAAGGCCUUAAACUUCGCUUGUCCGUACCCAAAUCAGGGGACAGCACUGGGAACUACAGUCGUCGUGACAGUGAUCACAGUUCAAAUGGACACAACGGAGAUCGAGAAUCCCACCGCUCACACCAUCACGGGCAUCACCACCGCAGUCACCAGCACAAGAGCAAGAAGCACUCAUCAAAACACGACCGCUCUCGCCACGAAAGCAAGUCCAGCAAACGCUCAGCCUCUGCCUUGGACUACUAUGAGGAGCGGUCCUCCAAGUCUCAAAGAAUGGAGUCCUAUAGCUCAGGUUCCCAGGACAACUACCGCAGUAGUCACCACUCAGACAACAGUUCUUCUCAUGUGUUGCAGCACCAGAACAGUGGUUUCAGCAUCAAUGACGCUUUUUCUUCUACCAUGCCCAACAACAUAUUUGAUGACGAUGACGACGAUGGCACUCACGGUCACCCACCUAUCACGCCGACAAUUGACCCCUCACAGACCCGGACGGAGAAGUUCCGACAAAUGCUUUCUCAACAUAGUGCUGUAUUUGAAUCAAAGAAACCUCCUCUGCCAAAAGGCCAGCCACCUUCAUCGCCCCCUCCUCCCCCUACUCCACCUAUACUGUGAAAAAAAUCCUAGAUUUAAUUCAUUCACCUUUCUUCUGGAUCAUAAACAUUUCAUUAGAUGAAACUGCAGGAUAAAUUGUUGUUCUGCAGUUUAAAUCUUAUCAUGCAUAGCAAACUGCUUUUCUGUUUUUAACAAGAGAAUAUCUUUGCAAUAUGGAUGUAAAUCUUGAUUUCUCAUCUUUUGGUGCUAAUUACAGUUGUCACCAUUCCAUGUUACUUUAAAAAAUAAUUAUUGCUGUGUAUAUACAGACUUGGUUUUGCCCAGGAGAUUGUCCAAUCAUUUACUAACAUUGAAGUAAAUAAUCACUUCAACAUUGACUUUAGUUGUGUAGAUUUAUUUAAAAUCAUACUAUCAGUUAUGAACACAUUUGGGUUCUUGAUGAUCAUUUUGUAGAUAAUGUAACCACUAAUUCAGAUUUGAUAAAGAGAACAAAUUAAUCUUUGAUAUUUUUUCCUAUUCAACUUUGUGUACUUUUUUUUGUAAUUUUAUUACUGUGUACAAUUGUUGUGAUCAUUUUAUGAAAUGCAUGUUUAUAAACAAAAAACUACAACUGAAGACUUAUCUUUGUAAAAAAAAUAUGUUUUUACUUUAUUUUUAAAGUAUUAAAAAUAAGUUGCUUUUUUCCCUUGUUAAAAAAAUUCAUUACAUAUCCAUAAUUUGAAGUGAAUUGUAUUUUUUGUAAGAUGCAUCAUGAAAUAUUGUAUGACACUAGCCCUGUCUUUCAUCAGUUGUCAUUGCAUUUGUUCUGUGAAUGGGUUCCAUUAACAGGUGUUAUUUUAUUAUUCCCUAGCUUCAAAUAUUUGCUUAGCCUACUACAAUCAUCUGUCCAGUUAGCAUGGUUUGGCCAUGCAAUUAUCUGUUUGUGUGUGAUACUGUGGCGGUACUCCUAGGAAUAACUGCUUUAAAAAAAGCUCAAGAAAUAACUAUUUAAACUUGUUUUAUUGUUUGGUUGAGUGUAGCUCUGAGAUAACUGUCACAAGUGCCUGGAAGAUAGUCCUAUGUUCUGUGCCUAGUAGACAACUUAAUCCAUGUGAAAUGUUUUUUUACUGUUUCAAGAACAUUUUAUUUUUUAGGUUACUUGGUCUUUUAUGCCCUGGUCAAGGUAAAAGAAACAAUAAAUGCCAGAAAUGUUUUAUUGAUUUCAUUAAGUUCCUUUUUUUUAACUAGAGAUUUUCUCAAUUAAAUUAAAAAUUGCUGACCAGUUAAUGUCAUGACCUAAACCCACUAAAAGUUUCAACUCAUCCAGAGAGAAGUGUACCUUAGUUUAUCUUAAAUGUUGAGCACCAAGAUAUUGUGAAUUUUUGUGUUUGAAUGUCUCAUUUUUUAAAGUUAAAAAUAAAUUCAUGUCUUGCUAUUGUCAGAUACCUUAUUAUAUUAAUUAGGUCUAUUUUUACAUAAUAAACCUCCGUGUUUAAAAAAUAAAAGUUUGUUAAAUAUA